GUGAGUGACUUAAGAAUGGAGAGGCACAGUCUCUCCUGCUUUAUAUCAGACCAUGAAGGUUUCCAUGGGACCAUAAAAAACUCACCCCAAGACUUUGUGGUUAUUGAGAUAGACAUCAAUGGACAACUUGUUAACAGUUCUAAUGUUCAAGAAGAACAUACAAAAAGUCCUUCUCAACCAAGUCAAGCUACCAAAAGUGAUGAUAAAUUAAAGCAAUCUAAACCAGAUGACACUGACAUUUUAAAUCAGGAUUGCUUUGAUCUGAAUAUAAUCUUGGGUCCAGCUGUGAACAAAGAGUUGGAACAUUUCACUAACAAAGUGAGAGUAAGAGCUGGUGAGCAAGAAAAGGUGGAACUGUCAUUGGGUACUUAUCCUGAUAAACACCUGAGAGCUGUUGUCCAUAGAGCAGUACGAUACAACUUCCCCUUCCUCCAGACUGUGACCAACCAAUCAGAAAUUCAGGUCAGAGAGGACCCAGACUUCAAGGAGCUUGCUAGUUUAGCCUCUGAAAGAGAAGCUGAGGAGUUCUUCCGGUUCAUUGAUGCAAAAGUACCUGGUUCUGCGUUCACCUUCCUGCCCGAUGAUAGCAAGGAGCACCGAACUUCAGUUCACCAUUUUGUUAGCAGGCGGUUUGGAAAGCUUGUGGAAACCAAGAGCUUCACAGACCAGCAGAACCAGCAGAAGACACGGUACCACGUGCUGCGGAGGAAGUGA